CCCUCCGCAUCUCCGUGGAAAGAUCGAUCGCUGCGUAAGCAUGAGCUCCGCCCGCUGUUUCGACCAUUCGCGUAUGUUGUAACAACGAAUCAGCGUCAGUUCGAGUGAAAGCAGUCAUGGAGUCUGUCGUCAACGUGAAACGAUCCCGACUAUCGGCCUACCAGCCACAACAAGACUACACGGUCAAACCGCUCCGUUUCCUCGAGCUUCAAGGAGUUAUCGACGUUCUAAACAGCUACAAUACAUUUGACGGCAGCGACAUCAUUUGCUGUAUAUGCGGAAAGCCGUACAAAAGCCGAGUCUGUUUCACCAAGCAUCUCUGGGAGCACAGCAUAUACUGGGAUCUGUUCGACGGCCACAAGAAUCAGGACCGUGUUCUAGCCAUCCAGGCGGCAAUCAUUCUCAGCAGACCAUACCUGACGUUCCUUCUCGUCACCUCGCCACAAGCAGAUAAGAAGAAAGAGUCAUCUUCCGGCCCGUUGCAACACAUUUCGACGUCGUCUCGCAAGAGAAAGAGACACUACUAAGCAACCGGAGACGAAACGCUUCACGCUCGAAGCGUACACAAGGUCUAAACGGGAAAUUUGUUGACAGGUGUCGUUUUACACAAGAUAAAGAGAGUGGCAUACUUUUGAACUGAUGUUUUGUAUGGAUCUUUAUCUAUGUAGAGUGGGACUGUUAGAGCAGAGUUUAGUAACAUACAGCCUUUUGUCAGUCGAGAUUUCUGAUGUCAUAGUGUAAAUGUAUACAGCACUCUAGCUUUAGCUGUAGAAAGACAAUAGAUAUACACAGCUGAUUUUUC